CUUCCAAUCCAUCAAAACCAUGGCGCCGGUUGACGAACUGGAAGCCUUGCUGCGGAAGCUCCCUGAGAGCUCCCAGGAGCUAGUGCAGGAGAGCUACGCCCAAAUAGGGCAUGAGAUCUCCCACUGGGACGCGCCUGCUUUGCUCCUGGAUGUCUUUCUGCCGGGGGCACCCGUUGUAGGUGCAUCUCAAGGCUUCCAUCAGCGAAGCGAGCACUUUCCAGCUGGCUUUUGGCGGCCGCGAUCUCUGGGGCAAAGCGUUCUGCAGGUCUUGCUCAAGGGCGUGGAUGAAUGCCAUAUCUCUAGAUCCAUGUGCCAGGAUGUGGAGAAUUUCCUUCGCAUGGCCCGGCUACGUCAGUUGUGCAGUAUGGCAGACUGCGUUGUGUCGCACCCAUUCCACUUCAAGGGAGAAGUUCUUCAGAUCAAAAGCUGCUUCCAGCUGCUGAAGGUGAAACAGUGGCACGACGAGGGGGAGCACAACUUGGUCCUGUGUUUGCUGGACAUGGAUGGUUGCAAGCUCCGACUUUCGUCCCAAAUCUCAGAGCAGUGGCCGAAUCCAGCCUUGUUCCCAGUUCCCUUGAGCAACAAGUGCAUCAUGCUGAAGUGCAUGUCCAGUGCGAUGCGACGUGAAGCCCACCUUCCGCGCGGCUGUGUUUGUUUGAGCCAUCGGGAAAUCCAUGAACAGCAGGAUGGGAGCUACUUCUUCAGUAUCUCAGUGGAUGGCACCCUAAACUCUUGGACCUCCCGCUUGCCGUUCUUAGGCUUCACCUGCACGAGUCCACAGGAGAUUCAAGCGAAGAGGUAUUUCUUUGGUGAUUUGCCUCACAGUUACUGCUUGGGUGACUCUGUGCACAUCGGCGGUGCCGCCGAAGCCUGGCUGCGCCGGGGCGCUUCUCGUGCUGCCAAGCUCCGCGAAGCCGUGGAGACGGGGGCAGAACGUCAGCUGCUGGUGCCCUUGCCGGAUCACCGACGAGUGGCGCCCUUUGUUCCACGACCUGGCGAUGUCUUGGGAUGUCGCUACCGAAAACGGCAGGCUGGUGGAGUAGAGGGCUCGCAGAUUUCGCUGUUUCUGAACGGAUCCUUGGCCUUUGAGUUCGACCUCACAACGGAGCUUCCCAGUGGAAAGCCGCUCUAUGCCGUGGUAGACGUGUGUCACUGCGUGUACCAGGUAACGAUGCUGCCAAAUGCGGAAGAUCGAUUGAUGGGUUCCUGAUGGGGUCCUGAGGAAGACGGUUGUCAUCUACCAGAUCUUCCAGCCGGCCGUUGAAGCAAUGUGAUAUGCCGAGCCCAACCCGGAUGUCAGGUGUGUGUUCAACAUCACAAGAAAGCACAGAUUCUUUGCACAUCUGAUCCCAGCUGUUCAAGUUAGGUGGGUCACUUGGUGGUUUCCGAAA